AUGGUCCACCGUUCCUACCGGGCAAUCAGCGUCAAUCGGAAUCUCACCGUUUCCACCACUGGAGAGGAUGUAACCGGCGUAUACGGCUUUGCCAGCGUGUUUAUCAGAGCGUUGAACGAGUGGCAGCCGACGCACGUAGCCAUCACGUUCGACACGCCGGCGCCAACGUUCCGGCACGAACGGUUCCCCGCUUACAAGGCGCAGCGCCCACCGACGCCUCCCGAGUUGCGUGGGCAGUUUGACCGGGUCAAGGACCUGAUGCACACCUUUGCCGUGCCGGUAUACGAGCUGGCCGGUUAUGAAGCCGAUGACCUGCUCGGCACCUUGUCCAAACAGGCCGAAGCAUCCGAUGUGGAAACCAUCAUCCUGACCGGCGACCGCGAUACUUUCCAGUUGAUUUCGCCCCUCAUAAGGAUCGAUUUGGCCAGUAGCGAACGCGACCGCCGCAUCGUUGACGAGGAGGAACUGGCGGAGCGCUACGGUGGCCUGACGGCGGCCCAGCAGCCGGAUUUCAAGGCACUGGUGGGGGACAAAUCAGACAACAUCCCCGGCGUGCCGGCCGUCGGCGAGAAAACCGCCAUCACCUUGCUGAAGGCUUACCAGACGCUGGAAGGCAUCUACGAACACAUCGACGACAUACCGCAAAAGCGCAUCCAUACCAACCUGGUCGAUAAUCAGGACGCUGCCUUCGAGUAUCGAAUUCUGACCACCAUCCGCUGCGAUGUUCCGGUGGAGUUGGACCUGGAUGCCUGCCGGUUUGGCCGCUACGAACGCGCCGACGUGGUGUCCCUAAUGACCGCUCUGGAAUUCCACACGAUCGUCGGCCGCGUGCCCUCUCCGGACGCGCCCUGGGAAACGGCUGAUAGGAGCCAGAGCAGAGACUCAACGCCGGCGCAGCAAUCGACUGCCUCUGCCUCCGCUCCCCCGGACGGCGAUUAUCGAGUGGUAACCACUGAGGCCGAGCUUGGGGCCAUGAUCGCUGCUCUGCGUGAGGCGGGCGCAUUUGCCUUCGAUACCGAGUCCAGUAGCAUUGAUCCCAUGAACGCAGACCUGGCGGGCCUCAGCUUUGCCAUUGCUGGCGGUGUCGCCUGGUAUGUACCCGUGGGCCACGCAACGGGCGAACAAUUGCCGCUGGAGAACGUAAUGGCGGACGUGCGCCCGUUGUUCACCGAGGCUGGAUUCCAUCGCAGCGCUCACAAUGCCAAUUACGAUUUGACGUUGCUGACCAACUAUGGCAUCGACCCCUAUGGCGUCAUCGACCAUGACACGAUGAUUGCUGCUCACCUGCUGAGCAAACAGCGCCUGGGCCUCAAGCCGUUGGCGCUGGAAGUGCUCGGCACUGAAAUGACCAAUAUCACCGACCUGAUCGGCAAGGGCGCGCGUCAAAAAACCUUCAACGAAGUGGACAUCUCAGACGGCGCACCCUAUGCCGCCGCCGAUGCGGACUGCACCCUGCAAUUGCGCGAACACUUUGAAAAACCGCUGGAGGCGCAGGGACUGACGGCGUUGAUGUCCGACGUGGAACUGCCGUUGAUUCCCGUGCUGGUGGAGAUGCAGCGCGCGGGGGUGAAACUGGAUUCCGGCAUCCUGCACGAGAUGUCCCGCGACUUGCACACCCAACUGGAACAAAUUCAGACGGACUUGUUCCAGACAAUUGGGCACGGCGUAAACGUCAACUCGCCCAAGCAGUUGAGCGAUUUGCUAUUUGGCGAACUUGGUCUGCCCACCACACGCCGCACCAAGUCCGGUUAUUCCACCGACGCCAACGCCCUUGAAUCCCUGAAAGGAAUGCACCCGGUCGUCGACAAGAUUCUCGACUACCGGCAGGUUACCAAGUUGAAAUCGACUUAUGUCGACGCGUUGCCCGAGAUGGUAAACCCUCGCACCGGUCGCAUCCACACGUCUUAUCACCAGACCGGAUCGGCCACCGGGCGCGUCAGCAGCAGCGAUCCUAAUCUGCAAAACAUUCCGGUUCGCACCGAAAUGGGACGCCAGGUACGGCGUGCCUUCGUAGCCGAUGCUGAUUGCCAGUUGCUGUCGGCUGACUACUCGCAGAUCGAAUUGCGAGUGUUGGCGCAUCUCUCCCAGGACGAGUCGCUGCUGGAAGCAUUCCGCCGGGGUGAAGACAUCCACGCGGCCACGGCCAGCCAGAUGUUCGGCGUGCCGCUCAACGAGGUCGACUCCGACCAGCGGCGGAUUGCCAAAAUACUGAACUUCGGCGUUAUCUACGGCCUCGGCCCCUACGGUAUCUCGCAGCAAACCGGAUUCAGCCGGGAGGAAGGUCGGCAAUUUAUUGACACCUACCUGGCCCGCUAUCCCGGUAUCAAUGGGUAUCUGGAGUCGGUCAAGGAAAACACGCGCCUCACCAUGUACGCCGAGACGCUGCUGGGCCGCCGCCGUUACCUACCGGAUAUUCAGUCUUCCAACCACAACGUCCGCGCCGCCGCUGAGCGCAUGGCCAUCAAUAUGCCCGUGCAAGGCACCGCCGCUGACAUUAUGAAGAAGGCAAUGAUCAAUGUGCGUGCCCGCAUGAUUCGCGACCAGAUGCGCUCCCGGAUGAUUUUACAGGUGCACGACGAGCUGGUCUUCGAAGUGCCGGACGAUGAGAUGGGUACAAUGACCGCCCUGGUGCUGGAUGAGAUGCCGGCCGCUCUGGAACUGGACGUUACGCUCAAAGUAGACGUCAAAUCGGGUUAUUCAUGGGGCGAUUUCUGA